GGGCCGGGCCGGGCCGGGGGGUCCCGGCCGCGCGGAGAGCGGUGAUCGGCGCCGGGCGGACGGGAGCGUCCCGGCGGCGGCGGGACCAUGACUCUGGAGUCCAUGAUGGCUUGUUGCCUGAGCGACGAGGUGAAGGAGUCGAAACGCAUCAACGCGGAGAUCGAGAAGCAGCUGCGGAGGGACAAACGCGACGCCCGGCGAGAGCUGAAGCUGCUGCUGUUGGGCACUGGGGAGAGUGGAAAAAGCACGUUCAUUAAGCAAAUGCGUAUCAUUCAUGGCUCAGGCUACUCUGAAGAGGACAAAAAAGGUUUUACCAAGCUGGUAUAUCAAAACAUCUUCACUGCCAUGCAGUCCAUGAUCAGGGCCAUGGAAACCCUGAAGAUUCUGUACAAAUACGAACAGAACAAGGCCAACGCAGUCCUGAUCCGGGAAGUGGAUGUAGAAAAGGUCAUGACAUUUGAGCAGCCCUACGUAAGUGCAAUUAAAACCUUGUGGAACGACCCUGGAAUACAGGAGUGUUAUGACAGAAGAAGAGAAUACCAACUUUCUGAUUCAGCUAAAUACUAUCUCAGCGACGUGGAUCGUAUCGCUACCCCGGGAUAUCUACCAACUCAGCAAGAUGUGCUACGGGUUCGAGUUCCUACGACUGGGAUCAUAGAGUACCCCUUUGACCUAGAGAAUAUUAUCUUCAGAAUGGUGGAUGUUGGAGGUCAGAGAUCAGAACGGAGGAAGUGGAUCCAUUGCUUUGAAAAUGUGACUUCCAUCAUGUUUUUAGUAGCACUUAGUGAAUAUGACCAAGUUCUGGUGGAGUCUGAUAAUGAGAACCGGAUGGAAGAGAGUAAAGCCCUCUUCCGAACCAUUAUCACUUAUCCCUGGUUCCAAAACUCAUCGGUUAUCCUCUUCCUGAACAAGAAGGAUCUGCUGGAAGACAAGAUCCUCUAUUCCCAUCUCGUUGACUAUUUCCCAGAGUUUGAUGGCCCGCAGAGGGACGCUCAGGCAGCCCGUGAGUUCAUCCUGAAGAUGUUUGUGGAUUUGAAUCCAGACAGCGACAAAAUCAUCUACUCCCACUUCACGUGUGCCACAGACACAGAGAACAUCCGCUUCGUCUUUGCAGCCGUGAAGGACACCAUCCUACAGCUCAACCUGAAGGAGUACAACCUGGUUUGACCCCUUGGCGAGGCACCGUUGGUGAAAAGAAAAGACAAAAGAGAAAGAGAGGGAGAGAGAGAGAGAGAGAGGGAAAAAAAAAUGAUGAUAAUUUUAAACAUGACAGGAAAAACCAACCAACCAACCAAAUGUUUUAAUUUCUGAUGAUGUAAUGAUUGCCAAUUUGUCUGAGCUGUGGAGUGCUCGGUGUUACCUGGGGUCUCAUGUCUGUCCACAGAGUAGCUGAUUGAUCUCCUGUUUUUAACCAAUCGCUUUUAUUUCACAGUCAAUGGGGAUAUGCCUCAUUCCUUCAGCACCUUGCUCACUUCUUAAUUGUUGCCAAGCAGCUGCGGCGGCCUCAUCUCAAGCUGGUUCGUUUUUCUUUUCUGUUGCUUAGCCACUUUUCUUUCUUCUUCUUCCCCCUUUUCGUUCCCGUGGUGUAUGUAGAAAAAUACCUUCCCAGCCGAGGUCGUGAAGUCACUGGACUGUGGGAGUGUGGAAUGCUACUGGUCCCUUUGCCUUGUGCUGUAGGGUGCCCUUGGUGUGAUUUGCUAACCCUGCUUGCUUCCCUCCCCUUUCCCUUCCCUCCCCUUCCCCAGGACACGCUCCAUGGUUCACUGUGAUGAGACGUUGGGGAACAAACAGCCCCUCUCUGACUGUUGUGCAAAAAAAAAACCCAAAACCCCCACACAAAACGAGGCAGAACACACACACAAAAGAUCAGCCAUCGCUUUUCCAUCCUUUAGAAGUUCUCCUUCUCACUUACUGUCUUUUUUUUUUGUUUUUUUUUCUCCUUACCAAUUAUAAAAGUUAUGAAGACUGUGAUUUUAUUUUUAAGUUAUUGGUGCUCUGUGCAUCCUUGGCAGCACAGGGCCGUGUUUUGCUCAUGGACUACAAAGGAUGGGAGCUCUUGGAGCCACAGCUGCUGAGCCUGGGGAAGUGCCUGACUGUCACUGCUCAUUUUUGUUUUCCCUCUUUCCCUUAUAUUUUUUCUUUAACUGUGUGUCUCAUUUUUCCAGCACACCCCCCCCCCUCUCACACCACGAGGGCCGUUCGCCCACAGCAGCUCUCCCUUUGGUUGAGCGGAGCCCACAGCAUCCGUGGGGCAGAACCGUGGGGCGGCGGUGGCUCGGGCUGCGGUGCUGCGUUGCUCAGUGCCCCCCUCUCGUUCUUCUCUUGCUGCUAGCAGCAAACAAGCCUUGCCUAUUGCAUUUCGUGCCAGUGUGGUGGAUGGCUUGCUCAGAGUCCCCCAGUCCCGCCCAGCUUGCUGCUUUUAGGAAGGAGCAGAGCUGGCGCUCCCAGCCUUUGGGAUGCAGGUGGGAUCCUUCCUGCAGCAGGUGCUGCUCUCCCCGCUCUGUGCAUUCCCCAGGCCUGCGCUGCUGCGUUUGCUGUUGAGAGCAGCGUGGAUCCUCCCUGGAGGACUCACAGAGGGUGCGUGGGAUCGCUGUGCUGCGCUGCUCGUGGCCGUGGGGUCAGGGAUGGAUGUGCUGCUGCAGGCAGGGGGUGGCGCGGAGGCAGCGCUGCAUUCCAGGUGCCAAAGCGAACCGUGUUUGCAGGACACAGCGCUUUGGUGCAGCCCAGGUGCUGAGGUUGGCGGCCUGGAGGGCACCCACAGUGCAAGGCAGGGAGUGGGGAAGGGGGGGGGGAACCUGGCCCAGCUCUGGGCGUGCAUCUUUUAGCCGUCACAAACGCUUCUGUUCCAAUCCCAACCAGCAGCAUUGGGUCCAAACCCACUGAGUCGACCGGAGCUCCUCCUGGGAGGUCGGGGCCGUUCCCGGGGGCUGUGGGUAUUUUGUCUCUUUUGCAGACAGGGCACUACAUGGGCGUUGAGCACAGCGCCCUCCGGGCUGCUUCGCUUUAGGACACUACGAGGCGGGGGCUGCUGCUGGGAGGGCUGCUGGUUGCCAUCCCGUCGUGUGGGCUGAGGGAUCCCCGCCCGUCAGGCAGCUCCGCGUUGUUCUCAUUGCUUUGAUUCUCAUGGGCCGUUGUUUUAUCCUUACACCGAAAAGAUGCGUUUUGGAGAGGCCGUCUCCCAAAGAGGCGCUCGCAGUGUGCAUCCAAAGCUGUUUGUCCCAAGCAGAGCACAGCACCGGGCUCUCAUUGCCCCCCCCCUCACCCCGAGGGCUCACACUACAACAGCAAACACUCCUGGAGGCCCACAGCUCCAUUUCCAGGAGGGAAACUUGAAGUCAAUGAGUUGAGGACCACCCCCAACCCCCCCCCCCCUCCCCCCAGAGCCGGGUUCUUUGCUCUCUCAUUGCUUCCUACCGCCAUCAGCAUCGCCUUCGAGUAUGGUUCGGUUUCUUGUUUUUAACCCCCCCCCCCCCUUUUUUUUUCCUGUGUUUUAUUUUUUUUUUAAUAAUAAUAAAUAUUAUAUAUAUAUAUAUAUAUCAGAAAUAACGGAAAGAUAUCCCGACUGCAGCGACGACGACGAUGAGAAGCAGCCGACCCCGCGGGCAGCGCUGAGCCCAGCAGGGGUUGUGCCACAGCACCCCCUUUCUUAACAGUAUGGUCUGUGCCAACGCCCCCCCCUCCCCCCUUUCUUUAGUAGUGCCAGAGACUCUUUACAAGUGCCAAUGUGGUGGAAAUUAUUUGGUUCUACUUGUAUAUUAUAGGAUCCUUGAUUUAAGGCGAUUUAAGCAUUAUCCUAUUGAAAAAAAAAAAAAAGGAAAAAAAAAAAGGAAAAAAAGAGGAAAAAAAAAAAAACAGGCAAAAAAAAAAAAAUACUCUAUCGACCGCUGUUUUUAAACCUUGUCAUUUGCAAUGCAUGUGUUGUUGUGCGUGUCGGGGCGGGGGGGGGAGGAGGGUCGGGUCGAGGAGUGGCUGAACGCGCCGUCCGCUGUCGGCUUCUGUUCAGGCUCCGAAAUGCCCCAUUCCGGGCCGGGGGGCGAUCGUUGCUUGGAACGAUCCGACUCCGACCGUUCACUGCGGAAACAGCUGAUGGAAAUGGAUUUUCAUAUCUUUCUCCUGAAAAUAAAUUCUCUGUUUGAAAUUGGAAUAAAUUUUGUUCCUAAAA